AUGUAUAUGUACGGAGGGUACCACCACAUAUCCAGCACCCUGAGACUGUAUGCUAGCUGCAAGGAUGGAGGCCGAGGACUAGUGAGCAUGAGAGCCACUAUCCAGGAUGAAAUAUCCAAGAUCCAUAAGUACAUUAAUUACAAGACUUCAACAGACAACAUCUCAGUGAAUGUCUUAGACUAUGACGAACAGAAGAUGAGCUCUGGAAGAGACAACAGUCUCCUCAUCUUCAUCUUCAUCCUCAUCCUCGCUGCGCGCGGCACUGCUAUCCGCACCAAACCGCUCUUGUACCUCCAAGUUGUACGCCCAAUGCGCAUGCGUGAACGGGUCCAACGGAAGAAUUUAAGAAGCAGAUACAGAAUGAAGUCAACCUGCACAGGUGAGGCAGCAGAUUUCAGCAGCAGAGAUGAUGAGAAGCGACAAGGCUUUGGUGUUCAGGAGUGGCCAGAUGGGUAAAAAUAUGAGGGCAAAUUUGUAGAGGGACUCAAACAUGGCAAAGGACGCUACACCUCAAGAAAUGGAGAGUACUAUGAGGGCUUUUUCUACAAGGACUUUAAGCAUGGGGACGCAGUGUACUGCUGGCCCACAGGUCACACGUUUACUGGUAAGUUCUACCUGAACAGGAAGGAAGGAUAUGGUCAUUUCAGCUUUCCAGGUGGAGCCGUUUUCCAGGGUUUGUAUCACAGGGACCAGAGGUUUGGUCCUGGAGUGUUCACUUAUCCAGAUAGGAGGCAGGAUGUGGGCCUCUGGCAUGGCCAGCGCCUGCUAAAGCUCUGCUCCUCUUUGGAAAUUGGCUUUAGCUUGCAACAUUUCCCAGAAUAUGCUGCCUUAAUGAAACCUCAUGUCAACGAAGCUUUGAUUCAGGCUGACAGUCAUGCAAAUGGUUUAUUGUCAGAACCACUGGAAGGCUUUCAGGUGGGCAUAGAUAAAGAUCUGCUGUUAGACGAGAGCUUCAUCCUUCCGCCUGGCAUUGAGCGAUAUUCUAUUGAUGGUGACCAUUUGCCACUUCCUCCUGGCCGCAGAAAAGAGUUAGAUCGACUCUUUCACGGAGAGCUGUGGGAGCAAGAUGCUCCUUCAUACCAAGGAUAUGAAAGGGAGCCUCUCUCUGCUCUCCCCUUACACGCCCACAUGCAGGCUCACAUACACAGACACAGAUUGCAGGCUGAAAAUAUUGGCUGGGACGUUGCAGCUGUCCUCUCUAUGAACAGGGAUAACUUUGGACCCAAAGGACCUCUGGAAGUCAGUUCAGAACAGUUGAUUCAGCACAGCUUCAGAGGGGACCUGAGGGCUGUGUCACAGAUCUUUCUGACGGACUCGGUCUGUCCGGAUGUAGCUGAUUCCCAAGGACAAACCGCACUGAUUGCUGCAACUAUAAACUGCCAUAAUGAAGUGAUCCAUCGUUUGUUGGAUAUAGGUGCUAAUAUUGACCAGCUGAACAGUGAAGGAAUGUCAGCUCUGGCUGUGUGCCAUGUCCUCUACUAUCCCUUUCAGUCUCUGCACACAACUUUGAUUCAUCCACCUACCAGAGCUCAGGUGUUGACGUUUCCACCUUGUGAGAAUAGAGCUCAAAACAACCAGGCCGACGUCACAUUGGAGACACAGGUCCUUAACAAAGAGCCUCAGGCUAAACACACGAAUAUGAUGGAUGAAAACAUAGUCAGCCAGCCCUCUAAGCUGGCAUCUGAAGAACUACCUGUGCACUUCUCACAUGGCCGCAUUGAAGAGGUCACUUCAGACCCUGAUCACCUCUGUGAGAAGGAGAGACCAGAGAAAGGAGAAGAUGAAAGCUACGAGGACAGACAAAAAGUCCACUCAGUCCAUAACUAUGACAUCGCCGUAACAGAAGGAAUGCUGCAGCACUCAGCUAAGGCACUGAGUCGACCUCAACAGUGUGGCUUGAAGGAGACAGCUUGCAAAAUGGCUGCCAUGCAAAUCGAGCGCCAUGCGCGAUUAGACACCCUGAAGCUUCUGCUGGACCGUGGAGCUGGCCCUAAUCUUUGCAGGGUCCCCAUGCCAGUUCUCUUUUUAGCCACCAUGGCGGGGGAUGCUGAAGUAAUCAGAAAACUGCUCCUCUGUGGAGCUCGCACUGAUAUUCCUUUACAAACAGAGGAGAAAGGUUUUUAUCCCCUCCAUGCUGCUGCUGCAUUGCCCGGUUCUAAAGGUCCAGAGGUCACUGAGCUCCUUCUGCAUGCUAUCACCGACCCAGACGCUCAAGCAUGUGACCAACAUGAGAUCUAUGCACCAAAUGUGAUCUCCAUGAAGGAUAACGAAGACCAGGACUCUGGAUUGAACCUGCAUCUGACAGAGGGGGGUCGAACGGCUCUGCACAUAGCCUGCCAGAGAGAGAGUGACUACUUGAAUGCCUGUAAGGUGGUGGCCCUUCUGCUCUCUCACAGAGCCAGAACAGAUCUCCUCUGGAGUGGACACUCACCUCUCUCUUUGGCUAUUUCCAGUGGCAAUGACUUGGCAGUGGAUGAGCUCUUAAAGGGAGGCGCAGAUCCUAAUUUACCUUUGGGCAACAGAGUGGGCAGUGCCCUCUGCACCCUCGCCAACUUCAGCUACCCUUUAUGUGGCAACAGAAUUAAGCUGUUAAAGAAGUUGGCCAAAGCUGGUGCUAAUGUCUCAAUGCCAAUUAGAGUGGGCAAAUGGGUGGGAACGGCUGUUGACUUUGCACACUACUCCGUCCAACAGGAUCAAUGUAGGAUUCGUGGUAUUUCAAUCUUAAACAGAGGGGAGAGGAAAUUAUUGGAUGCACGGCGCCACCUGCUUGAUCAAAUGACCAGUCUAUUUAGAAUGACUAUUCGGACGGUUUAUAAGAGUGAUGUGUCCUUAGACAGUCCAGCACACGGUUCUGAAGGAAAAUCAGAGGCAGCAAAAUCUCACAAGUAGGCAUCUACCAUCUUAUGCUUCUGGCUUUGUUCAUAUAUAUAUAACCUUUCUACCUCCAUUUCACAAACCUGUGUUUGUAUAUCUGACCUCAGGCAGCCAGUGCUUAAGUUCUGCUGUCACUGCGGUCUCUCUGCUUCUGUCAAGCUGACUGCUUGUUGCCGUUGCCUUAAGGUUUUCUUCUGCUCCAUGGCAUGGCAAGAGAAAACAUGGGUUGAAAGGCACAUGAAGAAGUGCUUUAAGAUGUCAGGUGGGAAUCAGCAGAUCUUCUCCCAACAACCAAAGCCCAGAAAAACCUAAACAGGAACAGAAAAUUAGAAGCAGAAAUUUGGUGCAAACCUAAAUGUAUAUGAAACCUGGUUUGGAGUCUUAGGUUCAGUUUGUAAAAUUUUCACUUGACUUUUUCUAUAAAUGCUGCUCAUAUCACCACAGAGUGCGUUGUGUUUAAAAACACAAAGAGGCUCCAGACCCACCACGUUUAAAUAAUAUUUAAAAUAACUUAUGAAAAAACUGAUGUUGCUUUUUUUA